ACCUAGCCAUCAUGUCUAUACUACGUGAUCAUCCUUCAUGUGCUUACCUGUGUAAAUGUCUCAUGCGCCCACUCAUACCCAGACGCUCCUUUACCGCGACUUGAGCAAACCAUUUCGACUUUUCGGAUUUGGCAGGGAAAUCCUCUCAGCCAGAGGAGUCGUAGCCAGAGGAGUCGUUGCCUAAUUCGGGCAACAUUUCGUGAGUUUGCACUUCGAGACCUAGUCAUGUCGCGGGCGAGUCCACCGAAGAGACCACGGACUGUCUCCGAGUCCCCAAGAGAUGGUGCUGUUCAAGAUGGAACGCCUAUCGAUCACUUAACCCGGGGUCUGGCUCACGAGCCGCUCGACUAUCCUCGAAAGCGAGCCAUUAUCGCCUGCGAAAUUUGUCGAAGCCGAAAGUCAAGAUGUGAUGGUGGCAAGCCAAGAUGCAAAUUAUGCAUUGAACUCGACGCACGAUGUAUAUAUCGAGAACCUGGUAUUAAGCUAGAUGCGGGCGACAAACUCAUCCUAGAAAGAUUAUCUCACCUCGAAGAUAUGCUGCAAUCUGCCAUGACUUCGGCACACAUGAACUCGAACAACAUUACCAGAACAGCGCCUCCCACAGGGACGUCUCCCACUGCAAGCACCAGUACUGCAGACGACGCCUCUACAAGACGUAUCAGCUGUAGCGUUGCUCUGGAGAAUAAUCGCUUAAACGGUCUGGGUACCUGGGACAGUGUCAACAUUUCAACUAUGCCGAAAGGACAUACUACUCCGGCCCUGAAUCUCUUACAGUGGCCGCUCAUUCGAGAUUUGGUCUCGCAACCUCUAGACCCGCAAGUCCUGGUAGAGAUGGAGAUGUCCCGACCUCCGAUCAAUCUUCCACAUUUCCCUCGACCAGAUAUGGCGAACACGGCAGUCUAUGCCAGCUCUUACUUCGAUUUGGUCAACGUCUGGUAUGCAUGUGUGAAUCCACAUGCAUGGCCUAACCACUAUCGCGAGGCGACCUCUGUUGGAUUCAUUCAAGGAGCAGACAGCUGUCUGGUCCUGCUAGUUCUCGCUCUUGGCUCAGCGGCUCAUGGUGGAAGUAUCUCAAGACAUCCUCACAUUGGUGAGCCGCGUGGCAUCGACUACUUCGCAUCAGCGUGGAAGAUCAUACCGAAUUUGGCAAUACGCAAUGACAUACCAGCUGUACAAUGCUACAUUCUAGCUGCGGCAUAUCUGUUCUAUCUCGUCCGCCCUCUGGAGGCAUGGAAUAUGAUCACGAUCGCUUCUACAAAGCUACAGCUAGUCCUCGGCGUCCCAGAUCGAGUGCCUACCUCGCAAAGAGAGCUUCUCGUCAGACUUUUCUGGGACACUCUAUUAGCAGAAUCGGACCUUCUUGCAGAGCUGGAACUACCACACUCCGGUAUCGUCAAUUUCGAGGACAUAGUUGGCUUGCCAGGCCCCUUCUCCGAUGUGGGUGGAGAGUACACCAGUAAAGAUGAACUAUGGUACUUCCUCGCAGAAAUCGCAUUACGCAGACUUCUCAACCGAGUCAGUCAUUUACUCUACGUCAAAACACCGACCACAGCUCCCACCUCAAAACUAGCACGAGUUACUGCUGAACUUGACUUUCAAUUGUCACAAUGGUAUGAGGGUCUGCCUCAACCCAUCAAGUUUCCCAUGACGACUCAGACCGCCGACUCACCUGGUCAAGUAUGUUUACGACUACGAUACUUUGCAUGCAGAACUAUCAUCUUUCGACCCUACGUCUUUGCCGUACUCUCGGAUGAGAACGCAGUCUCCGAUCAGGUAGUCAGAGAAAACUGUCGAAAAUGCCUCGAAGCAUGUCUCAGACAGAUUGAUAAUGUUUCUGCACAUCAAGUUGGUCAUCUUCCAUAUCUGUGGCAAGGUGCCCUCAGUCUAGUCUCUCAGACUCUGUUGGUCAUGGGGGCCACCAUGUCCCCUAGACUCGCUGCUCUCUUACCACCCACUAUUUCUGUGGAAGUCGUUAUUGCAGAAGUCGUGAAUGAACUGAACAGACUGGCCCAUCUGGCUCCGAGCUUGAAAUUAAGCGCAGAGAUCGUGAGGGAAGCGGAAGUGAGGAGGAAAAUAUUUUUCAGUAGUCAGGGGUCCCGGGGAUGACAUGCAGGAAGAUGCGCUGCAUGGUGUAUUACAAUGUGGAGAUGGUAGCUUGUGGUGUUGUUAAGUACAAUUCCGUGAUCAAAUCGUUUGUCAUCUUGAUUGGUUCGAUGAACACUCGCCCAGCCAUAUCCGAAAUUGUCGCCAUUACAUCGAAGUGUACGAAGAAGUGUUUGAGCUCAAAGUGACUACUAUGCGGCCAGUGCCCCGCCGCCUCUAACCCUGAGUCCAUCUACACCGCUAGGUUCCUAUACUGAAGCUUGACGAGCGCCUCUGCUUGUGCUCAGGUGGAUGGUUUGCUACUCAGAACCGCAACAUCGCAGACUCAUCAGCUCAGGAAUCCCCAGUUCUUCGUACAAUGUUCGACAACUGCCUCCUUCGCCAAAUUGAUUGCCGGUCUGUUCUCCAUCCUGCUAACGUGAUG